UCCGGGUCUUCCUGUUUUGACUGCUGCAAUGGUACCUUUCACAGUUAGUUAGCCUUAUCUUUAGUAUGGAGGAAGACGAAAUAAGAUUAGCAGAUAGGGAAAGGACGACUGAAGAGAUUUGCUAGGUAAGAUUUAGAAUUGGGUCAGACAUGGACACGGGUACUACAGCUGGGGUUCGGCCUAUUUCGACAGAAAACGAAGAAAAGGAACCCCAACAACAAAACGCUUGCGUUAGCACAACUGAAUACUGCGCAAAGUUGCAGGAAUGGAUGUGGCACUACUACUGGGGGUAUUCAAACUGGCAAAGCUGGAUGGCUCUGUCUGCGUUUCCAUUUCCACCACCUUGCAGUAUCCCAUUCCCAGGCAACCAACCUGCCGGACAAACGGCUUUCGACGGCCGGAACUUGUACCCCAACUAUCCCUACCCUUUCAGUUUCCCCGCACCAGGCACAGGGGUCCAGCCGGACCUUGGAACCCCGACGCCGCCUAAUAAUGCAAGGCCAGUGCAACAGCAGCAGGAUGGGAACGCACCCCAAGCAGGUCGGGAGUACAUGAUACCCACUCCCCUUCACAGAUUCCUGGCAGAGAUGGUGGACUUCUUCAUACUGUUCUGUGUGAAGGCCACCAUAGUCCUGUGGAUCAUGCACCUCAGUGGAAUGAAGGACAUCGCCAAGUUUAUCACCCACUUCAUCGUGGAAGAGAUCGACGAGAACACGUCCAUGGAAGACCUCCAGAAGAUGAUGGCGGUAGCCCUGGUCUACAGAAUACUGGUGUGCUUUUAUGAGAUCAUCUGCGUCUGGGGAGCGGGCGGGGCCACGCCAGGGAAGUUCCUCCUGGGCUUACGAGUGGUCACCUGCGACACCUCGGUCCUGGUGCGACCCAACCGGGUUCUGGUAGUCCCCGCCUCAAACGUCACACUAUCUGCGUCCACGGUGCGAGCUCUCAACAAGAACUUCUCCAUCGCCUUCCUCUUCCCCGUCUUCAUCACCCUGCUCUUCUUCCAGCACAACAGGACUGUGUACGAUAUUGUGGCCGGAACAAUUGUUGUCCAGCGCAGGGGAGCCAGAUAAUAGUGCCGAACUCUCAUUUCUACAAAACCUGCCUGCAAAAUAAUCACCAUAUGGGAUGUGUCCCCUCAUUUGAAUACCUUUUUUGUGAAGUUUUACCCAUUUCACCGCAAACUACUUUAUUUUUAUUUAUUUUUGGUCACAAAGUGCUAUACAGAGCCCAAAUGACACUUAGUCGAGACACAUGCACAUGCACCGCAACAAAGACAACGAUCUAAGUAGAUGUAACAGGAAGAGGAAACUUGCCCGGGUCAAGCCUAUCCCGUGCGAUCUGCAGCAAUGAGAGUCGUUUCUCAAAGUUUGUUUGGGAUUCAACCCUAGUUGUCCAGAACUGUGCUUUUGGGCUUCAUCAGAUAAGGGCUCGGAUUGAAACCCCACUCAGGAUGGAGCAGACUGGCAGGGUCGGGGAAGACGUCUGAUGGUUGUUGGUUUUGAACUCUUAUUCUCAGAAAACGUGUUCUGAAUGUGAAUAUGGAGUAUAGAACACAGAAGAUUGUUUUAACCACAGUAACUUGCAAAGUGUUGUGUUAUGGAUGUUGUCAAGUUUUUAAGGCCGUCACUCAGUCAUUGUUGCUGAAGAGUUAAAAAAAUUGAGUUGUAACGUAUAACUAGAUAUUGUGCAAAAGAAGCUUUAUUUAUGGGAUGUUUUGGUUUCAAGUUUCAUGAUGUUGUGAAAUGGUAUAUAUUGCUAUUUUCCGUUUUUGGGGUUAAGUUGAUCACUGAACUCUGCAAAGACUGCAGAUGUUCUAUUCUAUGUGCCUCUACGGGACAUGAUUGUCUAUCGUAUACCAUGUUUGUUUGACUUUUACUGGUCAAGUGAUCCUACGACACGUCAUCCUGUCAUCCGCCGAUUCUGUCAGGAGAACGGCCGUACCAUUUCACCUAGAGUGUAGUAAUCGACACACAUGAUCUCUCUCUGUCCUUGUUACUCACGGUAUAGGACACUACAGCAUACCCUCCACUGCAUGAUUGUAAUGAAAGAAUUCUAGAAUACACUCAUAGUCCUUGAUGUUCUGGGAAAGUCCAGAGCUCAAGGUGUUGUCUUUGUUAAGGUCUAGGGUAGAAUUUCUGUAUUCUCCAGUUUGGGGCCUUUCAGUAUUAUAUAUAUUUUCUGAAUAUUCCAACAUUUUGAUUUGAGCUAAAUACACUGAGACUAAAUAUACUGAGACACUGCUGUUGAGGACAAUUUAGUUUGAGUUUUGGGGAUUUACUCAAAGAUGCACAUAAAAUGUUAAUGACAUUGAAACCUGAACUUUUGUAUCUGAUCUUAGAAUAUAGAAUAGACAGUGUCUCAAAUGGUCAUAAUGAAGACAUGAGCCCCAAGCCCUCUACAGUCUUUUUAGAACAGCAUGUCCAGAAGUUGUAUUUUAUGUGAUAUUUUGGGAUUCGAAAGCACUUAACUCCGUGGAUGUUUUGAUGUCGUUGAUCUAGUUGGUCUGUUUGGAGAAGGUACUACAUUUGCCCACAAGGGGGCGAAGGUAGCAAGCGAACCAGGAAAGAUGUAUGAGGCUUUGGAAUAAAGUAACUUAAAGGUU